AACUGACGUGGCAAAAUAUAAACCGCAGAAUACUCGCUUAAAAGUGUAGUGGGAAAAUCCGUAGAGGAUCCCAGCCACGCGAAUACAAUCCGUUAAAUCAGUUAGAGGCUUAACUUCACUCUCUUAUCUUCUCGCCAAAAACCACCACAGUCACAGAGGAGAUUCUCAUCCUCUCAUACUCCAACUCAUUCCUUUGACUCAGCGGUUCAACUCACUGAGUCGACCAAAAGCAAUGGUGUUAGCGAGUCCACAGUUUCAGCGAUUCCUUGCUACCGAGUUCAAUUUCACCUCCAAUGCCAAGACCGCCAACAGGAACCACCUAACCACAACGGCCGUAAGAGCCAGAAGCCCCUGCCGUUGCUCCGCGAUCGCAAUCGGCGCUCCUUCUUCGCUAACGGACGUCGCGGGGAUCCGUUGGGGGUCCACCAGCGUGCAGGGCACUCGCGAGGAGAUGGAGGACGACUUGGUCAUACGAUCGGACGGCCUUGAUGGAUUCUCGUUCGCCGCUGUCUUUGAUGGUCAUGGUGGCGUAUCUUCCGUCAAGUUCCUGAGGGAUGAGCUGUAUAAAGAGUGUGUUACAGCUUUACAAGACGGAAUUCUGUUGAACGGAGGAGAUUUCAACGCUAUUAAGAAGGCUUUAAUGAUAGCUUUUGAAAAUGCUGAUAAAAAGUUGCUAAAUUGGCUUGAAACGAUUGGAGAAGGCGACGAAGAUGAAUCUGGUUCAACCGCUACUGUUAUGUUAAUUGGAAAUGAAGUACUCUUCAUUUCUCAUGUUGGUGAUUCCAGUGUGGUUCUAUCUCGUUCUGGAAAAGUAGAAGUGUUGACUGAUUCUCAUCGACCCUAUGGGAGCAGCAAGGCCUCUUUGCAAGAAAUCAGAAGAAUCAGAGAAGCAGGUGGAUGGAUUGUCAAUGGAAGGAUUUGUGGUGACAUAGCUGUAUCCCGUUCUUUUGGUGAUGCUCGGUUCAAGACAAAAAAGAAUGAAAUGCUGAAGAAGGGAGUUGAAGAAAGGAGAUGGUCUGAAAAAUUUAUUUCUCGAGUAGUGUUCAAUGGAGACUUGGUCAUUGCAUCUCCAGACACUUUUAUAGUAACUCUGGGGUCAGAUGCAGAAUUUGUCCUGUUAGCAUCUGAUGGUUUAUGGGAUUACAUAAACAGCUUAGAUGCGGUUGCUUUUGUAAGAAAUCAACUACGAGAACAUGGAGAUGUUCAGGUGACGUUUACAUUGUACCAAAUAUCACCAAAAAUAACAAUGUCAUAUCUUCUAGUUCUUAUCAGAUAUGUAAGCUUUCAGAUGAUAUUCUUACCUUGGUUUAGUUAUAACUUUCCCCUUUUUCCCAAUUCAGCUAGCAUGCGAUGCACUUGCAGAAGCUGCUCUGGUAAUCAAUUGCAGGAGUAUUUGUUUCUUUCAAUUCAUGUUACUUUAUAUGUUUCUGAACAAGUUCUGGUAACCUUAGAAUCAUAUCACAAAAUGCAGAAUCAAGGCUCACAAGACAACAUCAGCAUUAUCAUUGCUGAUUUAGGGCAUACUGACUGGCAGAGUUUGCCACUUGAGCAACAAAAUUUUAUGUAUGAAUUUGGCCAAGCCAUAGCUACAGUUGGGAUCGUGUCACUUGGAAUAUGGUUGUCAUCUCAGGUUUCUUUUUGAUUUUGAGUGAUGAGUUGUAUAUAGAUCAACAGAGAUUUCACAUUGUCAGUAUAAUGAAAUUGUAUAUGGCUAGCACUUUUGGUAAUUAAAUAGAUGUAGGCAAGUUUUAGUAAUUUAGAAUGUUCAGUUAACUUUGUUUCUCUGUAUUGGGUUUUUGAAAUUCAGUAGUAUAUACUGAAUGUUGAUGCUGUGGAAAACACUAGUACUAGUGCCUUAAUAGCAUAGAAAUCAACCGU